ACAUAUCCUGAAUCAGACACACAAACCAUUAGAACACAAGGGAGAGAUCAGUCUGAAAUUCACUGACAGCCCUUGAAUCCAGUAUAAAGAAGUUUGUCUGAUUUAUCCGGUGUAAUAAUAACUUUGACCCAAUGACUCAGAUGAAAAAUGGCUGUCAAAAUGAACAGUUUCUAAUCAAUGUAAUGACACUAAGGUGUCGUUUUGUGUGUUAUUUCAUUUAAAAAUAAAAGAUUCAUAACACUUCAAAAAUGAAUAAAAGGAAAAUCUAAUACACAUUUUUUUUUAAUUACUAAAAAACUAAUAACAAUAUAGAUUUAACUUGUAGGUUACAGCAUUAUGUCACUUUAAAACCGAAUAGUUCAGUUUUAGAAAGUUCAAGUAAAUGUUGCCUUAACAACCAUGUCGGCCAUGUUUAAGAGCACUGCCUAUGGAACCCCUGUUGCUAGGCAACAUCUUCAAGAGCAAACAAGUGAAUGUAGCCUGAGAUCAAAGGCAAAAUAAGUGUGGUCACAUGAUCACUUUAGGGUGACAUCAAAGGCAAAUUGAUGACAUCACAUGAUCUCAUACUGCAGUUAUACUAGACCGUCCGCACAUUAACUUCACAUUGUUCACAGUAUCGACUAACGAUUAGUGAGACAUAGCUACUUGCUAGAGACAUUGACACAGUCUACAUCAGACAUUUACAGACUUCAAAAAACACAUACGGCUAAUUCUACAUUAUCUUUGUUACCCGCAUCAAUGGCCCAAAGAUACACCCCAAUCCGCAGACAGGAGUCCUCAACGACCCCUGUAAAUAACACCCCCCCCAGAUCGUCCGCCUUCAGUGGGGACGAAACGGACGUCGACUUGUGCGACCAAGUGCGCGAUCUGCGGCACCAGCUAAAUUCGUCGCGCAAGCAGAACGGCCGGCUUGUCAGCGAAAAGAACAAGCUCCACCACAACUACAGCGCCGUCAAGCUCGAGAAUGAGAGUCUGAAGGAGCUGCUGGAGAAGCAGAGAAACGCCACAGCCAACGAGCCGAUGGUCGAGACACCUCCACAGACUCACAACGCCAUGCUGGACAAGCUCCAGCUGGAGGUCACCGACCUGAAGAAGGAGCUCAGCCAGAGAGACUCACAAAUCCUUCAGCUCCAGAUGGAGAAGGAGAGUUUGUCUCAGAGGAGAGAGCUGCUGGCUGAGAAAGAAAAGCUAGAGGAAGAGAAGAAGGAUCUGGAGGAGCAGAAGAAAAAAGUGAGGAAGGAAAGGAGAGACCUCUUUUACAAGGAAGCGGACAGGCACAUUCAAGAACUUGGAUAUAACAAAGAAAUAGAGGAGAAAAAUAAAGAGCUGGAGGCGACUAAGAAAGAGAUGUUGAAAAAUAGGCGCGAGAUGUGGGAGAAGACCACCGACAUGGAGCAAAGGAUGAAAGAACUGGAGAACAAGAACAAAUAUCUGGAGGAGAGUAGGAGAGACAUCUGGAGGAAUAUGAAAGCUCUGAAAACCCAGAGUGAAGACGUGGAGCGAGAAAACGUUCAACUGAAGGAAAACGUUCAACAUCUGGAAGAGACCGUGAAACAAAUGGAAAACAGAAGUGAAACGAAGAAUGAAGAGUCGGAGCGGGAGAAGAACGACCUGGAGACGAACAAUGAAACAGUGGUGGAGAGUGAAGAGCUGAACAGUAAGUUGAAAGACUUAACUGAAGGUAAGAAAGAGCUGGAGGAGAAGAAUAAAGAACUGGAGGCGCAGAAGAGAGAGAUGGAAGAGAAAAUUAAGGAACUGCAGGAGAGUAGGAACAACAUGCAGGAGACAGGCAAGACGCUGACAGAGAGAAACAGCGACUUGGAACAGGAGAAAAAGGACCUGGUGGAGAAAAACAAGCACCUGGAGGAGAAUAUGAAAGAAAUGCUCGAGAAAAUUGAACAACUGAAGGAGAAGAAUGGACAUUUAGAGCGAGAGAAGAAAGAAAUGGAGGAGAGGAAUGAAGACAUGGAGGAGAAAAUGAAAGACCUGAGGAAGAGGAACAACGAAAUACUGGAGAGGAAUAAAGAGCUGGAGGAGAAUAAGAAAGAGAUGAUGGAGAAAAACAACGAACUGACGGAGAAGAGAGAAGCAGAAGAAGUAAAGGAAGACCCAGCGAAAGAAGACACUGAGCCCAAAAAGUCCAAAAAGAAAGAAAAGAAAGGUUUCUGGAGCUGGCUGCGAAGAAAGAGCAGAGCCAGAAAUGUGAGAGUGGACGAGGAGGCUCCUAGUUGUUCAGCUGCUCCCUCAACCUCCGCCCUUCCUCCGCCCUCCAUGUAACCUCCUCCUUUCAUCCUUCCUCCAUCUCAACCAUCCUCACUUCUCUAUCCUAUGCACAUGAGCUCAGCUACCGGACCUCCAUCUCUUUCUUCCACCCUCCCACCAUGACUGUCUCCCCUCCCUCUAACACACCCUCACUCCUCUUCUCUUCACCCUCCUUCCAUUCCUCUCCUCCCCUAUAGAAGUCCCCAUUCCCAUGUUUCCUCCUCUUACACCCCCCCUCAAUUCCCAUCCCUGUUUCAUCCUCUUAUACCCUCCUUCUUCACCCCCCCCCAUUCCCAUCUCCGUUUC